UUUUGCAUUUGAUUCAAGUUUGGGGUUAAAAUCAAGUUGUGGGUUAGUUUUGGCAAAUUCCCCAGUAAUGUAAUACAAUAUUAUACAUUAUUUUUUAAGAAUUGAAAAAUACAUAUAAUUUCUUAUCCGCGUGUAGCGCGGCUAAAAAAUCUAGUAGUAUUGAUAAAAGAGAGAGAGUUACUUUUCAAGCAACCAACAAUAUGGCCAGAUCCCAGAUUUAACCGGCUAUUAAUAUUUUACAUUAAUUUUAAGAAAAUAAUUAACAAUUCAAAAGUUAUGCAACAUAUCCUUUAUAUACUAAAUAUAAGUCAUUUGACCAAUCCUAUUAUAACACAUGGAAAAUGUUUUGCAAAAUUUAAAAAUCAAAAUUUUACCACGUUUCUUUGAUUGUAAAUAUCUGUCAAUUAUUGAAAUUCCUAUUUUUCUCGAAAUUAUUAUCAAACCUUGAGCUCAAGAUCAAAGCUUAGAUGCAGAGUGAUUAAAGCGAGGGAGAUUGAAGAAGAUGAAUCAUGAAAGAUUUGUUAUUCAGCUCAAAGAACUCAAAUGUACAUAACAUUCUUUAUAUAUCAACAUAAUUCAUGUGCUCUUCCCAAAGCGUCAAAAGCUCAGUAUAAUAAGUUGAGACAUCCAUCGAACCCUACUCAAUCUUACUCAAUCUCUGCUCUAUAUCAAAGACUCUAGGUGCAUCAUCUUUUUUAAAUCUAGCUAAGAGAUUGUUCCAUAUACCUACAGCAGUAUUGAUAAAGAGAAAGCUCUGACCUAUCUUCUUAGAAACAAAGUUCAUCAACCAAGUGGCCACCAUAUCAUUGCAACGGGACCAAGCACCAUAAUCACGAUGCGUAGAAGAAGGUUUAGAAACCAUACCAUCAAUAAAGCCGAGUUUGUUGCGAACAUUCAAUGUCAUAUGAAUCGAUCGUCGCCAAAAUAAAAAUCCGAAGCAUUGCUCAAUCGGUCUGUGAUAAGAAUGAGUCCAGCAAGAUCAUUAUUGUGAAGAUAGAACAAAUUAUCAUACUGGUCAAUCGAUAAUUGGUUAAGUUUCCUUUUGCUUAAUCGGUUAGAUAUGUAAAGAACGUUAUGUACAGUUGAGUUCUUUGAGCUGAAUUGCAAACUUUUCAUGAUUCAUCUUCUUCAAUCUCUCUCGAUUUCAUCAUUCUACAUCUAAUCUUAGAUCUUGAGCUCAAUGUUUAAUAUGGUAUCAGAGAACACACAUGAAUCUUCCGCCUCGAUAUGAGCUUUCCGGUAUCUCUAUUCUCGCAAUUCUUGAAUCUCUUCUGUAUCGCUAUUCUGGAAUCUCUUGUGUAUCGCGAUUAGGGAUUUCAUUUUCCAGCUCGUCUUCUGUUACUCGAUUCUUCUUUUCUUGCAGUUUGGAUUCUGAGGCUUGUUUUCUGAAGAUCGAUUAGCUCGUUGAACUUUUGUUUUCUUCGAAUCUUGGCUAUGGCGUCUUCUGUUCCUUCUUGGCAAUCACACGUUUCAACAAUGAAUUAUAAUUUCCCAAUCAUGUUUCAACAGUUUGUCUAUAUUUUCGGUGUCUUCCUCUUUGUCGAUUUUAUUUUGUCUUUGAGUGUUGCAAAGUGAUAAAAGUUUCUGAUUAUUUAAUUCAAAAUCAUUUUCUCUGUUCCUAAAAAGGUAUUCUAUGAUUCUUUCUUCAUAAUUUAAAUUAAUGAUAUUAUGAGAAUAUAUUUAUGUUUUGUAGCUUAACUCUUGCAGAAAGGCGAAACGAGAACUCCAUUGUCACAAAUUUGGUAUUACUAUCAGAAACCAGAAGUUAUUGUCAACGUGAAAAGAUUUUCUCUAGAUAGGGAGUGGAUGUGCAAUGUGUGGUGGGAUCAAAUUUUAGGUGUUUCUUCACACAUUUCUAAAGGGACAUUCAUCUAUUUUUCAAUUGGAGACACUUAAGUUCCUAAUCUUCAAAGGCGCUUCUACUCCUUAAAAAAUGGAGCCCUAAGCCAAUGUUCUAUUAUUUAUCCUUCUAUGAAGAUCUGUGAAAAAAACUUGAAUAGCUUAUCAAAAAUCUUUUUGUUGGCUCUUUAUAGUUUUGUUUGAAUCUAGGUCUGUAAAUAGACCUAAGAUGGGGAAAUUUCAGUUAUAUGUGAUUUAUGUGUUUGCCCUUGUGUCCUCAAUAAGAUUGUAAUAUACAUAAUCUUCAUACAUUUUUCUUUACUGAAUUGAAAACAGAAUCAUGACCACCAACAAUAGUCAUUAAUAAACAUAAUUAGCAUAAUUUGUGGACAACGACCCAUCAAGUACUCUUCAUAUAUAUAAACUAUACGAAGCCUACUAAAUAUAGAUAUACGAAGGCUCAGGCUAACAAGAUUAUACUAUAUCCAUUUCGUUAAUUGAUUGAGAGAUUAAAAAUAAUAAGUACAAAUAAGGGUAUGUGACAUGUCCUCCUUGAUGAUAUAAGAUUUAUUUUAAAGUAUGUUUGAAAAUUUUGGUUUUCUAAUAUCGUGCACCCCAUAUUCCACCAAACUUAUAAGUUAUAAAUAGUAAACAUUCCAAGAAUAAGUAAUUUAUUUUCCCUAAAGAAUCUGACCAUGUUCACUUGUUUACGGUUAUGGACAACGGAUAAUUAUAGUUACUAAAAUAAAUCAGAUUUUAAGAAAAGAAAUCAAAACCAUUAACAGAAGUCAAACAAUUGUGUUCUGUAAUUGCUAAGUUUAAAAAUCAAACACCGUUUUUGGAUAAUUAAGUUUGUUGUUUUUCUUCAAAAUCUCCUAAAACUCCUCUUUAUUACAGGAUUAAGAAACAUAGAGAUUAAAAAGAAACUUCAAAACACAGGAAUCUUCUAUUUUUUAUUAUUAUUUUGAUUAGAAUUGUAAAAGCAAUGGAGCAAGAACAAGAGAGUUACAAAUCAAGAUUGUUUCAUUUCAAGAACAUGAGCGAACAUUCAGCUUCAAGACAUGUUAAAAGCUGGAGCUCAGAUUGCGCCAUGAAAAUAGAUGGUUCAGACAGUUUUGAUGAUGAUGAUAAUGACCUGAUGUUCAGAAGUCAACCCGGAAAUUUUGGCAGCGUUGAACGGCCACCUUUGCCUUCAAGCGGUGAUGCAACGCCCAACCGCAGUGACAAGAUUGGUACUCCGAGGAUGGUUUCUUCUGAAUCCAUGGAAGCACAAUUACAAGCAGCCAUGGAGCAAAUGAAAGAAAGAUUUUCAAAACUGCUUCUUGGAGAAGAUAUGUCUGGAGGAGGAAAAGGCGUUUCUUCGGCUUUGGCUUUAUCUAAUGCCAUUACCAAUCUAGCAGCAUCUGCCUUUGGAGAACAGAGGCGUUUGGAGCCAAUGCCGGCUGAUAGAAAAGCGCGCUGGAGAAGAGAACUUGGAUGGCUUAUCUCUGUGGCUGAUCAUAUAGUUGAAUUCGCUCCAACGCAACAAACAAACAAAGAUGGAUCUUCAAUGGAAGUCAUGACAACAAGACAGAGAACAGAUCUACUCUGCAACGUUCCUGCACUUAAGAAACUCGAUGCAAUGCUCCUUGUAAGAACUAAGAACAAAAAUUACUAUGUUAAUCUCUCAUUUUAUUAUAAUUCUCCUAAAAUUUUGACUUUUUUUUUUGUUUAUUUGCAGGAUUGUCUUGACAAAUUCAAGGACCAAAAUGAGUUUUAUUAUGUCAAAAAAGAUUCUCCUGAUUCUUCAGAGACAAGAAAUGAUGAGAAAUGGUGGUUACCAGCGGUUAAAGUCCCACCUAAUGGCCUCUCCGAGAUGUCAAGAAGGUUUCUACAGAGCCAAAAGGAAUGUGUUAAUCAAGUCCUUAAAGCUGCAAUGGCAAUAAACGCUCAAGUUCUGUCUGAAAUGGAGAUUCCUGAAAGCUACCUGGAAUCACUUCCUAAGAACGGGAGAGCUAGCUUGGGAGAUGUGAUAUACAAAAUGAUAACAGUAGAGAUGUUUGAUGCAGAUCAGUUCCUGAUUGAAAUGGAUUUAUCAUCCGAGCACAAGAUUCUUGAUCUAAAGAACAAAAUCGAAGCAUCGAUUGUGAUAUGGAAGAGAAAGAUGGUGCAGAAGGACACAAAAUCUCCUUGGGGCUCAGGAGUGAGUACUGAGAAAAGAGAACAGUUUGAAGAAAGAGCUGAAACAAUCUUGCUUCUUUUGAAACAAGGGUUUCCUGGAAUCUCACAAUCCUCGCUUGACAUCAGCAAGAUUCAAUGCAACAGAGAUGUAGGACUUGCUAUAUUGGAGGGCUACUCGAGAGUGCUUGAGAGUUUGGCUCACACGGUGAUGUCGAAAAUAGAAGACGUGCUUUAUGCUGAUCAGCUUACUCAAGAACCAACAAAUGCACCUUCUAAGAAUAGAUAUCUUGUGAAAGAGACAAUGAAGGAGGAAAGACUUAGUUUUUCGGAGGACACGGCUACAGGGACAUCACUAUCUGAUGUUAUGCAAUGGGGUAACAAGAACAAUGAAGUGAAGAAAGAAAGCUAUUAUGGAGAUCGAGAGAAACCAUUGCUGUCCAAAGUCACAGGUCUUAUGACAACCAACAAGAAGAGUUCUUAUCUUGAAACUAUUGGAGUUAUGAGAAGUCCAACGGCUAGAUACUCCUGAAAGAAUCGGUUUCUUUUUUUCUUCUUGUAAAAUUAGGUUUGCUUGUUGCAUUUUCUAUAAUUCAAAUGGAAAAGCACCAUUGUGUUGUAGCAGACUUUUAUAUGCAAUUUAAUUGAUUCAUCAUAUUUGGUUCUCAUAUCAUUAAAGCAACUAACACAACACAAAUAUACAUAAAUCAUUAAAAAGGGUUUUUAGAAUUGAGAAAGCCAAUAUAAAGCUUGCAGCGAGGACCUAGCUUAGGCUGAAGCACUUACAUAAGUAAGCAAAGAGCCUCCUCCAAGAAUAAAAAACUUGAGAAACAGCAAACAUCACAAAAAACUUGCUCUGCAAGCAAACGGAACACAAUUGUAUUCAAACGUCUUGGAGCUUGGAGAAGGAUAUGGAUUUAUAUACUUUGAGAUUUAAAAAAAAAAAACUAAAGUGGGUUAUAAGGAGAAGGAGCAUCAGAUCCAUACAGAUCCCAUUGUCCUGUUUGUUGAAUCUGGAUUCGGUAGGUACUAUGAGUAUACAGGAACUUGAUGUUGGGUUAUUUGAAAAAAGUUCUAUUGAUCAGUCAGACGAUGAGUUACAAAAAGAUUUUGAUUAAGGAACCUUAGUUCUACAGAAGGCAAAAAUGGCGCCCUUGGAUUUGGGGUGCCUAUCAAAUAGGUCCUCUUUCACAAAUUCUCUUAUUACCCAUCGAUCAGCUGCUGGAGAAUCAUUCACUUACACCUGGUUCAAAUAUUACUUUCAUCUCUGAGCUCCACUUAGUCAAUCAUCAUAUCUCUCCUCCUAACUGCUUCAACUUUUGUUUCUCAUUAAGAAUAUGUUUUAUUAUUGGUGUAUUUCACUUUCUGAUGUAAACACUUUCAAAAUAGCAAAUGCACAAAAAAA